CAAGAGAGGACAGCCUUUCUUCUAAUGCCAACAAAGGAAUCACAGAGUCAAGUCUAAAAGUUGCAACUAUGUCGCGGCCGUAUCCUUUCUAUUGGUGGGAGAUACUCCAUUAUCAUGACGAAACUGUUUCGAAACAGCCAUUUCUUACUGGAGCGUACCAUAGCCACACUGGCAACUGUACACUGACCCUCCUGAUCUAUAAUUGUGGAAUAUGACAACCGUAAUACGCAUAUGAAACCAUUUGCUAGUCUCUGCCUCUCUCCCUCUCUCUCUUGGAUAGAAGCCUGAAGCCUCUGGUUUGCUCACAAGAAGCAUGAAUCUAUGUGCAGCAAUUCUCCUAUUCUACAUGUUCCAGUUGAUCCAUGGACAGCCUGAUUAUCUAGGUUUCAUAAGCAUCGAUUGUGGCAUCCAAGUGAAUUCUACCUACCAAGAUUCCGUUUCAAAUAUGAUAUAUGUAUCAGACUAUGGUUUCGUCACCACUGGAGAAAACCGCGGCAUCUCCUCAGAUUACGUAAAGCCAUCACUGGUGAAACGCUAUCUGAAUCUCCGGUCCUUUCCACAUGGCGCAAGGAAUUGCUACACCCUGAGAUCCUUGGUGAUGGGAAACAAGUACCUUGUUCGUGCCGCCUUCUACUAUGGAAACUAUGAUGGCCUGGGCAAACCUCCUGUCUUUGAUCUGUACAUGGGGACAAACUACUGGCAUGAGGUUAGCUUCAGUGAUGCAGGAGCAUUCAAAUGGCUGGACAUCAUACUUGUGGCUCCUGAUGAUUACUUGCAAGUUUGUUUGGUGAACAAAGGUAUGGGUAAUCCAUUUAUUUCUGGGCUAGAUUUGAGGCCACUGAAGACUACCCUUUACCCAGAGGUAAAUGCAACUCAAUCGCUCGUGCUGGUUAAUUCUAAUCGGUUCCACAUGGGGCCCACAGACGGUUCAGUAAUCAGGUACCCCUCGGAUUCCAAUGACCGCAUCUGGACGACAUAUAAUACAAUUCCAAACUCUGUUGAGAUAUCUUCAACAUCUGUAAUCCAAAAUAACCUCAGGGAUGUCUAUGAUGUGCCAUCAUCUGUUAUGCAAAAUGCAGCGACUGUUAAUAGCUCAAGAAUUGAUUUCUCAUGGAAUCCAUCUGAUCCAUCGGUGAACAUAAGCUCCAAAUACUUUUUUAUUUUCUACUUUGCUGAGCUGCAGAAUGUACGGAGCAAUGCAGUGCGACAGUUUGAUAUCAUUAUCAAUAACAAGACAUGGAACAAGCAACCUUACACCCCAACAUUCCAAGUCACCGAUUAUUUUUCCGGGAUUUUGCACGGGAUGGAAAAUUAUAGUGUCUCACUUGUUGCUACAAAAAAUGCAACACUUCCACCUAUCCUCAAUGCCAUGGAGAUGUACUUGGUGAAACCGAUAACUAUGGUUGCAACUGAUCCUGGAGAUGCAGCUAGAGCCAUGAUGGCAAUCCAAGACGAUUUUGGUGUGAUAGAAAACUGGAUGGGUGAUCCAUGUACUCCAAAGGCUUUUAUAUGGAGAGGAUUAAACUGCUCAUAUCCACCAGCAGGUGCCUCUAAAAUAAUGGCACUAAACUUGUCUUCCUUUGGGUUGGUUGGUGCCAUCUCUACUAAUUUUAGAGAUCUCAAAGCACUCCAGUAUCUGGAUUUGUCACACAACAACUUGUCUGGUCCUAUUCCGAAUUUUCUUGGGCAACUUUCGUCACUAAUGUUUCUGGAUUUGUCCAGCAAUGAUCUGAGUGGACCAAUUCCUUACAACCUUUUACAAAGGUCCCAAAAUGGGUCCUUAUUACUAAGGGUCGGUGAUAAUGCAAAUCUUUGUGGCAAUAGUACUGCCUGCAGAUCAGGUCGAAAGAAAAUCAAUGGGGCACUUCUCGUUGCAAUAGUUGUACCAAUAGCUGCUGCCGUUGCACUAUUUGUUACUUUUCUUUUGCUGUGCCAAGUGCUCAAAGGAAAAGCUAAGCGAAACACUACUGGUCAUGAAGAUGAACCAGCAUUACUUGAGAACCGAGAGUUCUCUUACAAAGAACUGAAGCAUAUUACGAAUAACUUCAGUCAAGAGAUUGGAAAGGGCGGGUUUGGACCUGUCUUCCUUGGUUACUUGGAGAAUGGAAACCCAGUUGCUGUGAAAGUGCGUUCUGAGUCAUCUUCCCAAGGGGGUAAAGAGUUUCUGGCUGAGGCUCGGCACUUGACCAGGAUUCAUCACAAGAAUUUAGUUUCUUUGGUUGGCUACUGCAAGGACCGAAAUCAUUUGGCCCUUGUUUACGAGUACAUGCCCGAAGGCAACCUGCAGGAUCAUCUGAGAGCCACUUCUACUUGUAAACCACUCAGUUGGGAGCAGCGUCUUCAGAUCGCCCUUGAUGCUGCACAAGGUCUUGAGUAUCUGCACAUCGCCUGUAAGCCAGCACUGAUACACAGAGAUGUAAAGAGCAGGAACAUCCUCCUGACCACAGAUCUUGGGGCUAAGAUUGCUGAUUUUGGCCUGACCAAGGCUUUCAGCGACUCCGAAACACAUAUAACCACUGAGCCAGCUGGUACUAUGGGCUACUUAGAUCCUGAGUACUUCCGCAGUUAUCACAUCAGUGAGAAGAGCGACCUGUACAGCUUUGGUGUCGUCCUCCUGGAGCUCAUCACGGGCCAUGCCCCGGUCAUACCAAUCAGCGACAGCAUGAGCAUCCACAUCGGCGAGUGGGUGCACCAGAGCCUCGACCAUGGAAACGUCGAGAGCAUUGUGGAUGCAAAGAUGGGAGGGGACUAUGACAUCAACUCUGUCUGGAAAGCUGCUGACUUGGCGCUGCAUUGCAAGCGAGAGGUCUCGCGCGAGCGGCCGACGAUGGCGGAGGUGGUGGCGCAGCUUAAGGAGUGCUUGGAGCUCGAGAACCGUCGUGAUGGGAGGAGAAUAAGCUUGGGUUCGAAUGGUGAUGAUUCGACCUGUCCUGGAGAGGGAAAUACACUUGAGGUAGAAGAGGAAAAAGAAACACAGCAAGAUGGGGAGAUACAAGCGGCUGCUGGCCCUGCAAUGAGAUAAUAGGUUUGAUGAUCUUACAUGAAUGCUGGAAGUUUGAGCGCUCUUGCCUUACCUUUCUGAUAAGCCGCCAUCUUGUCUUACUUUGUGAUGUUCUCAAAUUUCUGGCAAUGCUUAGAUGGAGCCUACCUGUUCUAGAUAAAAAAAAUUGUGAUGAAAGAAGCUCAAAUGGAUUGCUAGGGAAUAUAUGUUAUGGUUUGGACGGUAGGCUUCUCAGUGGUUAGGGUGGCCUUGUUUGUUGGCACGUUCGUCUUAGUUGGUCCAUGUUUUUGA